AUGUACGAACUUCGCGCGGCUGACCUCGCCGUCGAUACAUCUGCGCUGACCACCAAGUCCGGCACUUUUGCGACCGCUUUCGAGUACACCGACGAGCAGGCCACCCCCACAGCCCUCCAUCGCGGCCGGGGGUCCAGCGUCUCCCACCAUUUCGACCGCCCGAGUAAUCCCCCCUCGAAAAUGGCCUCCGGGUAUGCGGUCAGCCCGGAGCCGCCCGCCUUGUUCGUGCGGGCCAUGUACGACUACGAUGCAGACGACCACACCAGCCUGAGUUUUCGCCGCGGCGACAUUAUUCAGGUCCUCAACCAGUUGGAAACCGGGUGGUGGGAUGGUGUGAUUGACAAUAUUCGGGGUUGGUUCCCGAGCAACUAUUGCUCCAUCAUCGAGGAAGCCGACGAUUAUGGCGAGCACCUGAUCCACGCCCACCAGGACACCGACCUCAGCGCCGACUCGGGCCUCGAAGAUGAGUAUGGAGAUGGGCAUGAAUACGACGAGGAGCUGGACUCCGAGGGCAAUCCCCGCCAUUCGCCGCCAGUCCUGCCGAUCGAGGGCAUCCCCGGGGCCAAAGAACACGAAGAGGCGGCGUUCUGGAUUCCCCAGGCGACACCAGAUGGUCGUCUUUUCUAUUUUAACACCCUCACGGGGUACUCCACCAUGGAACUGCCGUUCGAAAACCCGACAGUAGCCAACGAGAAUGGUCCUCGGGACCGGACCAACUUCUUCGUUCCCGACCAGACGCGGCCGCCUCCCGAGCUGAUGGCGCGCGGGUUCGAACGCGACGAGGACGAUUAUGACGGCUCGGCAUCGGAGGCGGAAGGCGAGUCUUUGAUGCUGGCUUCGCACGACUCGAUCUCCCGCCGCCGCCAGUCCUUUAUGGAUGGGGUAUCUCCAGCCACAUCGAUGGACUCGUUGUAUCCUCCGGGCCCGAAAGACCUCAAACAGUCGCAACAACCGAGCAAGAGUCCCCAGCUGACCUUUAGCAGCACGGGAACAACAAGCGGCAAUACCUCUAUCGCCGAAAGCUUCUCUAGACCCUCUAUCUCCUCUAAUGCUCCGGAACACUUUGUGGAUGACGGGUUCGCACCACCCAUCACUUGGCCACUGCUCUUGGAUAAUAUGCAGUAUGCGGUUGAGGCUUACCGCCAAACACUUCUCAGCGGCGAGCGAUCAGAAUAUGUGAGAAAGGCUGAGGACAUUUCGGAUCAUCUGCGUAUGCUCUUGGCUGCCGGGUCGGACACGACCGAUAAUCAUUCGGGCAACCCUUCGAUUAUCUCUACCAACAAGGCGCUCUACCCGUACUUCCGGGAUAUGAUGUCCAAAUUCUCCAAGCUGGUGCUUUCUUCACAUAUUGCGGCUGCGGAUUGGCCUGGAUCCGACUCGGUGAAUAAGUGCUUGCAAGAGGCCGAUGGUGUCAUGCAGGGAGUAUAUGGCUAUGUUGAUGUGGCUCGGCAACAGCGCGGGGAGAACAUUCGCCGCAUUGUACCUGGCUUUGUUGCUGGCAGCUCCUCUGGUGGCAGCUGGCAAAACAACGGUGUCUCCUUGGAUGCAUCAGGCCCAAGGUCAUUCCUUGUCCCUGAAGGUGGUGACUCGCGAGUGGAGCCUUCGAUCUCUUUGGAAGCCACCCUUUUGGACCAGAUUGAUAUUCUCAGGAGGUCUCUUGUGGGCAGCAUCCGUCGGCUGGAGGAACGCUUGGUUUUGAACACCAAGAUCGUCACAGUAUCAGAACAUGAAGCUAUUGCGGAUGCAAUCUCAGUUGCAGCAAUCAAGGUUGUCGAGCAGUUCCGCCCGUGGGUUUCCGCCGUUGAGUCGAUCAACCUUGCGCCGCUGGGAACCUGCUACCAGAAUCCUCAAAUGGUUGAUUUCAGUCUUCAAAAGCAACGGGUCUAUGAUAGUAUUGGUGAUUUCGUCUUGAGCUGCCAGGCGGUCUCGGCUCCUCUUGCUGAUGAGUGGGCCGAGCUCCGCGGCGAUUCACUCGACGACCGGCUGAAUGCUGUGCGGAGCAUCGCCAGACAGCUGGAAAACUACGUAUCGCAGAUCGGCUUCUCACUCUCAUUGCUUCUUGAACAGAUUCCUGUUGAGCCUGCGUCCGUUCUCCGAAGCGACAGUCGACUGGAAGAGGAAGAUGAAUCACUCAACAAGGGCACUCAUAGUCGCGCCGAAUCCCAAGCCAAGACUGCCACGGAGUCUAUUGGUAUCCCAUCCUCCUACGCCAUGGAGAAUGAUAACGAAAAGGUCCGGCGAAACAUGGACAAGGCCCAGAGGUUCUUUGGUCAGGCACCGCCUACGGCCAUUACUCGGGAACCGAUCCGGGAACCAGUUCGAGAACCCGAGGAGACCCCGUGGUUCUUGAAGAUGGACCAUGAAGCAGAAACCUUUUACGACACCAAGGGCGAUGUGCCAGUCUUCAAAUGCGGAACGCUGUCUGGUUUGGUUGAGAACCUGACGCGUCACGAUAAGCUCGAUGCAUCCUUUAAUAACACCUUCCUCCUCACCUAUCGCUCUUUUACCACUGCGUCAGAGCUGUUUGAGAUGCUGGUUCAACGGUUCAACAUCCAGCCUCCCUUUGGUCUGAACCAAGAUGACAUGCAAAUGUGGAUCGACCGCAAACAAAAGCCGAUCAGAUUCCGGGUUGUCAAUAUCCUCAAGAGCUGGUUUGACCACUUUUGGAUGGAGAACAACGACGAGGUUAAUAUGGACCUUCUCCGACGGGUCCAUGCGUUUACCAAGGACUCCAUUGCCACCACCAAAACCCCGGGGUCCCCGACAUUACUUGCUGUGAUUGAACAGCGCCUUCGAGGACAAGACACGACCGUCAAGCGCCUCGUUCCGACCCAGAGCAACGCUGCGCCGCCCCCAAUUAUCCCAAAGAACAUGAAGAAGCUCAAGUUCCUCGACAUUGACCCUACGGAGUUUGCGCGGCAGUUGACUAUCAUCGAGUCGCGCCUGUACUCCAAGAUCCGGGCCACCGAGUGUUUGAACAAGACAUGGCAGAAGAAAGUCGGCCCUGACGAGCCCGAGCCGGCUUCCAAUGUCAAGUCUCUGAUCCUGCACUCAAAUCAACUGACCAACUGGGUCGCGGAAAUGAUCUUGACCCAGGGUGAUGUCAAGAAACGUGUGGUUGUCAUCAAGCAUUUUGUGAACGUGGCUGAUAAAUGUCGCGCUCUCAACAACUACUCUACCCUGACAUCCAUCAUUUCGGCCCUUGGAACUGCCCCUAUCCACCGGCUUGGUCGGACAUGGGGUCAGGUCAGUGGGCGCACGUCUGCAAUCCUGGAGCAGAUGCGCCGGCUCAUGGCUAGCACGAAGAACUUUGGCGAAUACCGGGAAACCUUGCACCUGGCCAACCCGCCCUGCAUUCCGUUUUUCGGUGUCUAUCUCACGGACUUGACUUUCAUUGAAGAUGGAAUUCCUUCCCUGACGCCGUCGGAGUUGAUCAACUUCAGCAAGCGGGCAAAGACAGCAGAAGUUAUUCGAGACAUUCAGCAGUACCAAAAUGUGCCGUAUCUGCUUCAACCUGUGCCCGAGCUUCAGGAUUAUAUCCUCAGUAAUCUACAAGCGGCGGGUGACGUGCACGACAUGUACGACCGGAGUCUGGAGAUCGAGCCUAGAGAGCGCGAGGAUGAGAAGAUUGCAAGGUAUGCUGAAGCUGCAAGCAAAGAAAAGACCUCUCUGCUGUCUGCAAGCUCCGUCGCGCUUCUGCGAUGA